GAGCUGCACAUCUGGAUGGAAGCGAGCUUUGUCCUGACCACCAUGGCUCUGGGACUGUCCUCCAAGAAAGCGUCUUCCCGCAACGUGGCCGUGGAGCGUAGGAACCUGAUUACCGUGUGCAGGUUCUCUGUGAAAACACUGCUGGAGAAGUACACGGCAGAGCCCAUCGAUGACUCAUCCGAGGAGUUUGUGAAUUUUGCAGCCAUCUUAGAGCAGAUCCUCAGCCACCGUUUCAAAGCCUGUGCCCCAGCAGGUCCAGUGAGCUGGUUCAGCUCCGAUGGGCAGCGGGGCUUCUGGGACUAUAUCCGGCUGGCCUGCAGCAAAGUGCCCAACAACUGUGUGAGCAGCAUCGAGAACAUGGAGAACAUCAGCACAGCCCGAGCCAAGGGCCGGGCCUGGAUCCGAGUAGCACUGAUGGAGAAGCGCAUGUCGGAAUACAUCACCACAGCCCUGCGGGACACCCGGACCACCAGACGUUUCUAUGACUCAGGAGCCAUCAUGCUGAGGGAGGAGGCCACGGUCCUCACUGGGAUGCUGAUAGGACUGAGCGCCAUAGACUUCAGCUUCUGCCUAAAGGGUGAAGUGCUGGAUGGGAAGACGCCCGUGGUCAUCGACUACACGCCCUACCUGAAGUUCACCCAGAGCUACGACUACCUGACGGAUGAGGAGGAGCGGCACAGCGCCGAGAGCAGCACCAGCGAGGACAACUCUCCGGAGCACCCGUACCUGCCGCUCGUCACGGACGAGGACAGCUGGUACAGCAAGUGGCACAAGAUGGAACAGAAGUUUCGCAUCGUCUACGCGCAGAAGGGCUACCUGGAGGAGCUGGUGCGUCUGCGCGAGUCGCAGCUGAAGGACCUGGAGGCGGAGAACCGGCGGCUGCAGCUGCAGCUGGAGGAGGCGGCGGCGCAGAACCAACGCGAAAAGCGGGAGCUGGAAGGCGUGAUCCUGGAGCUGCAGGAGCAGCUGACAGGUCUGAUCCCUGGCGACCACGCUCCCCUAGUCCAGGGUUCCAAGGAGCUCACCACGUCCCUGGUCAACCAAUGGCCAUCCCUGGGAACGCUCAAUGGGGCUGAGGGUGUCAGCAACCCCAAGCUGUACCGGAGACACAGUUUCAUGAGCACGGAGCGGCUGUCAGCUGAAGCCAGUCUGAGCUCGGACUCCCAGCGCCUGGGAGAGGGCAAGCAGGAUGAGGAGCCCUGGGGCCCCAUCGGGAAGGACCCCACGCCCUCCAUGCUGGGCCUCUGCGGCUCCCUGGCCUCCAUCCCCAGCUGCAAGUCCCUGGCGAGCUUCAAAUCCAACGAGUGCCUGGUGAGCGACAGUCCUGAGGGCAGCCCAGCACUGAGCCCCAGCUGAAGUGUGGGUUGUGCCAGCCCCACCUGCCAGGCAUAGACACCUGCCGCCUUUCCUGAGUCCCCCAAUCCAGGCCACCUGCCAGAGAACGCUGCCCACCCAGCCAGGGGUCUCUUGGGAACAAAACCUUUUGCUUCUGGUUUUAGCUUCCUGCCCAAGGAAGCAGGGUUACCAAGGGAAGCCGGUUGGGUAGGAAGGUGGGGUCGCCAAGGCCACAGCAAG